GUUGAAGCUGUUCCAAAAUCAGAUUCUAUAUCCUAAAAUUAUUUUUAAAAAAGGAAUUUAUGAAAAUAGUUGGUACCACCAACCAUUAACUCCAUCUAAUUGUCAAAAUACAAACGUCUAAUAUAAUGCAAGAAUAACCUCACAUUUAUUUAUUUAUAAUACAUAAAUAAUGAAAUAGUUACUUUAAACGUACUAAUAAUAAAUAAAUUAAAAAAAAAUGUUAAUUACGCUAACUUCUAAGACUACAAAGUCUACAAUUUCAAAAUUUCGUAACACUUGUAAAUAUUUUUGGAGUAAAAAACGUAGUUUUGGAGAAUAUGCUCUUGUAGAGCCUGCAUUUGUAACAAAAAUGAAACCUGUACCUAUUACAAUAAGAAAACCUGAUUAUUACAAAUCAGGAUCAACUAUGAUUACACCUGAAGAGCCUGAAAUCAAAAAUGCUAAACAAAUCCAGCGUAUGAGGGAAAGUUGUAAAUUAGCUGCACAAGUUUUGAAUAAGAUUGGAAAAUUUAUUCGAGUGGGAAUUACAACGGACGAGGUUGAUUCAUUUGCUCAUAAUUUAAUAAUUGCAAAUAGAGCUUAUCCUUCUCCUCUAAAUUAUAAACAAUUUCCAAAAUCGAUUUGUACAUCUGUUAAUAAUGUGGCUUGUCAUGGUAUACCAGAUUGCAGACCCCUUUUGGAUGGAGAUAUCAUUAAUGUAGAUGUAACAGUGUUUUUUAACGGUUAUCAUGGAGAUUGUUCAAAAACUUUCUUAGUAGGAAAUGUUGAUCAAUUUGGAAGAGACUUAGUUAAAGCUACCGAAACCUGUCUUUAUCAAGGUAUUUCCGUUUGCAAGCCAGGCGAAAGAUUUUCAACAAUUGGGCAAUGUAUUGAAAGGAAAGCAUACCAAUUUGGAUAUUCAGUUGUACCAUGUUUUGUUGGUCAUGGAAUUGGGAAAUAUUUUCAUGGUCCCCCAGAUAUUUGCCAUUUUGCUAAUUACAAUAAUGAAACUAUGGAACCAGGAAUGACGUUUACUAUUGAACCUGUUUUAUCACAAGGCUCACAAGAAAUUACUAUUUUAGAAGAUGGCUGGACUGCUAUAACUACUGAUGGUGCUAGAACUGCACAGUUUGAACAUACCGUUUUAAUUACUCAGACAGGAGUGGAAAUUUUAACUGAAGAAUAAAAUUAUAAUCUUUUAAAA